AAAGCUCUCUCAGUUCUUCAAGUUAAGAGUGACAAAAAGGGGGUGUUUGGGAUGUGAGGGAGGCUGUGCUCUUUUCUUCCCCUCUAAAGGCCGCCUCAGCAGUUUUCUUCCAGGCAAAAGGGGAAGGAAGGACACCAGCCAUCAUCACCAGAGAACAGACGGAGACUUUAAAGUUUAAAUAGGCAGGUCUGAGUGCCUGAAAUAGGCACUUGAGUUUUAACCUCUGGAGAACUGAAAAGCUGAAGCCCUUCUCUGCUGAGCAGGAAGGAAGCAGGUAGAGAAGAUGGGUGACUGGAGUGCUCUUGGUAGGCUCCUUGACAAAGUCCAAGCCUAUUCUACUGCUGGAGGAAAGGUGUGGCUGUCUGUCCUUUUCAUUUUCCGAAUUUUGCUCCUGGGGACCGCAGUGGAAUCUGCCUGGGGAGAUGAGCAGUCAGCUUUCCGAUGCAACACUCAACAACCAGGUUGUGAAAAUGUCUGUUAUGACAAAUCAUUUCCGAUAUCCCAUGUGCGUUUCUGGGUGCUGCAGUUCAUUUUUGUUUCGGUGCCAACCCUUCUGUAUUUAGCACAUGUCUUCUAUGUGAUGCGAAAAGAAGAGAAACUAAACAGGAAAGAGGAAGCGCUCAAGUUGGUCCAAAGUGAGGGAGUAAAUGUAGACCUCCCUCUAAAGCAGAUAGAAAUUAAGAAAUUCAAGUAUGGGAUUGAAGAACAUGGCAAGGUCAAAAUGCGUGGUGGACUGCUUCGCACUUACAUCAUCAGCAUCAUUUUCAAAUCUGUCUUUGAGGUGGCCUUUGUGCUGAUACAGUGGUACAUCUAUGGAUUCACUCUGCAAGCCAUCUACACUUGUGAACGGGUACCAUGUCCACACAAAGUGGAUUGCUUCCUCUCGCGUCCCACAGAAAAAACCAUCUUUAUUAUCUUCAUGCUGGUAGUAUCUAUCAUAUCACUGACCCUCAACGUCAUUGAGAUUUUUUAUGUCACCCUCAAGAGUGUUAAAGAUCGCAUGAAGUCCAAAGGCAAUCCUUUCUCUCCUAGCAGCGGCUUGAGUCCUUCCAAGGAUUGCGGAUCUCCCAAAUACGCCUACUUCAAUGGGUGCUCCUCUCCAACGGCCCCCUUGUCUCCCAUGUCUCCACCAGGAUACAAGCUUGUAACUGGAGAUAGGAACAAUACAUCAUCCUGUCGCAACUACAACAAACAAGCCAGUGAACAAAAUUGGGCAAACUAUAGUGCUGAGCAGAACAGGAUUGGACAAGCCGGGAGCACCAUUUCCAAUUCGCAUGCCCAGAACUUUGAAUUUAAUGAUGAGCCGGAGAACACAAAAAAAGUGGGCUCUGGCCACGAGCUCCAACCUCUCACAGUUGUAGACCAGCGGCCACCAAGUCGAGCCAGCAGUCGGGCAAGCAGCAGACCACGACCUGAUGAUCUAGAGAUCUAGCCCUUUGGAAUUGCAGUAGUCAACCCGACUACGAAAUACCAAUUGCAUUAGCACGUGGUGUUCAUGUGGUUCCCACGGAGGUGGUACUUUAACAAUCUCAGCCAGGAGAUUUUAACAAGCAAUAUAUAAUUAUAUAUAUAUAUAUAUUAAAAAAAAUGUUGAUUUUUUUUUCUGGUAACUGGGAAGCAGGGGUGAUGUGAGGGAGAACAGCACAUAGUGAUAUUUAAAGUAGCUGGUUUAAAAGAAAAUCUUAGUCAACACAACAGUAGGGGAGUUGGUCUUUUGUUUUGUUUUAGAAAGAUUAUAUAAUGUCAGGAAAUGUAUGUCUAUAAUAUGUUGAUUUUUCUAAAAAAAUUCAUUUUUGUUAUACUAAAAAAAGAGUUACACUGAAAUAAAUUUGGGGGGGCACGGUUUAGGAUGAAAUUGAGAUAUCAUUCUUUUAAUGAACAACUGAUAUUGAUCAUUUUUCUAUUAAGAACAUUCCAUUGCUAAAAUGUGCACUUUGGGACAAUUUCCUGGGAUGAACUUGUCACACAGUUUAUCGGUUUCCCUGGAAUCAAUCAAUUACAUUUCAGACAAGGCCCACCCAAUAUGCUUUGACCAUUUUCUUCCUGUUUCAGAUCUUCCACCAACCUAUAUUAAGGAUUCAGUUCAAGGAUUUUUAAAUUUUAUUAACUUCCAUUCAACCACUACUGUAAGAUUCUACCGACUCCCACAUAGGAUGCUAUUCAAAGUCUCAUUAUUUUAGCUAUGGUUGGGUGACCCUUGCUGAAACAAAAAACCAGAAACAGUUUUGCAGAUGAUCAGAAAAAUCAUGGGUUGUUUGUUUUAUUCUUGCUGUUUCCCCUCCUUUUUAAACCUUGGUUUUGCCAUGUUUCUCUGUGAAUGGAUUAGAUCAGGGGUGUCAAACUCAUGUCUAUCGGGACUUUUUUCCCCUUUUGCUAAACCAGGUGUGGGCGUGGCCAGUGACCCAUCUGGGAGUUUUGACAGCUCUGGGUUAGAUGCUUGGGAGGGAUAUGAAACCAAAUUGGGAAUCACCUAGAAACCACAAAUAGACAAUGCAUUCACAUGCAUAAUCAUUUGAAGCUGUGGUUGCAAUUAGCAAACCAACAAAUUAUGAUUUCCAACUGUAUUUAUUGCCCCCUAUUAUAGCCUAUCCUACCACAAAUAGACUAAGCAAAAAACUGCAAAACAGUUCAGUGUCAUGUGUGAACCCUACCACAGCAUUCAUUAAUUACUAGCUAUAAAAUGUGAGCUGGACAAAUGAAACAAUUUUUGCCUGAUGCAGUCAUCUAUUAUAUGCAAAUCUUUUCACAGGAUCAGAAGCAGGAGAUCAGACAACUAUGUGGUUGGAAUCACAGUCACUAUAACUGGAGUUAUUUGUGGUUGCUAUACGAUAACUGGAGUUAUUUGUGGUGGUUAUACAAUCACACUGAUACACCCAUAAAAUGGUUAACUAUUCUGGGUUAUCAUGGGUCACUAUCGUGUUUACAUUAAAAGAUUCCAGCAGUGCAAACAAAUCAGGUAUUCUUUUAAAGAAUUUCAAUAUUUCUAUAUAUUUUGUAAUAAGUGUAUUUCACGAAUUAAGGAUAUUUUAAGAAGCAAGUCCUUGGUGGCUAUUGAAAAACUGCCAUUUGCAUUCCAGCUAGACCUUUUGCCACAAUAAAAUUUGUCAGUAAAACAUCCAAAGUCACAUAUUUUUGCAAUCAAUUAUCUUUCCUUAAAAUUAAGGAAGAAUUCUGCUUGUUUCUCCAUCUUUUUACAAUUUAUGCUUGAAUAACGAUGAUGGUAGUACUGGGAGAAGGGAAGAUUGUUAGCCUGCCAAUAAUGUGAGAGACUUGAGGAUAAAUUACACAUCCAUAUUGUGCAGUAACUGGAGUUAUCAUGUGAUAGCUUGAGAGGUGGAGAAAUUAUCUGCACUGCAACCUCAUUGGAUGGUGUGAAUAGAUCCUUACAUAAACUGUUUGAACUGUACUAAUAAUCCCUAUGCUGAUUUUAAGAUGUCAAGAAUGUUAAACUUGCUGUUCACUUAUAAGUUAGCUCAAUAAUACCAUGGUUCAAUUCACUUUUGAUAGUCCAUUUUUGCUUAAUGACAAUUUUAAUAUUUGCACACAUUUUUGUUGAUGUAAGUGAGGCUGAAAGAGUACAAUUCUAAUUUAUUUGAAAUAUAUACUAAAGAAAUAUACCAGUGUUUAUUUUCCAUUUUCAACCACAGUGCCUUUUAAUUGAACACAGUUCAUGCAGCCUCGGUUUCAUUUUCCAGCAACACAGAUUUAAAUGUUUAUCUAAUAUGUUUUACUAAGUUGUUUGACAUUCACUUUUAAAACUAUUGUCAAGUUUAUUGAUUGCAUGCAUACCGCCAUAGUUCAUCAAAUCACACUGUCUGGAGAACAAAACUUAGUCAAUAAAGUUUAAUUUAGUAUAAA